GCGCCCGUCCUCUUAUCAGCUCUGAUUUCUCAUCUCUUUCCUUCCUUCCCUCUUCAUCCACGUUCUCUGCAAUUCAUCAUGGCUGAUUACGAAAACGACAACGGCCGCUACGCCGAUGAGCCCCGGUACGACCGCGACCGCAGCGCCUCGCCUCGCGAUGAGCCUCGCUCCGACCGCGACCGCGCCCGUAGCCGUUCCCCCAACGGUCGCUCUGAGGAACGUCCCCUCCCCAUUCGCAAGUCUCUGAUCCAGGAUGAGGUUGAGGAGGAAGGAGCUAGCAACACUGGUUCCAACCUUUUCGUCACUGGCAUUCACCCCCGUCUGACUGAGUCGGACAUCUCGCGUCUCUUUGAGAAAUACGGUGACGUGGAGAACUGCUCGAUCAUGCUUGAUCCCCACACCAAGGAGUCUCGUGGCUUCGGUUUCGUCAACAUGAACACUGCUGAGCAAGCUGAUGCUGCUAAGGAGGGCCUCCAGGGUGAGGUCAUUGAGGGUCGCACUCUCAGCAUUGAGAAGGCUCGCCGUGGCCGUCCCCGUACUCCUACCCCUGGCAAGUACUUUGGACCUCCCAAGCGUGAUGGUGGUGGCGGUGGUGGUGGUGGUGGUGGCCGUGGCCCUCCCCGCCGUGGUGAGCGCUAUGAUGACCGCCGUGGUCCUGGUGGUGGUGGUGGUAACUGGCGCCGCCGUGAUGAUGACUACUACCGUUAUGGCCGUUACGACUCUUACAAUGACCGCCGCGACUAUGGCGGUGGUGGUGGUGGUGGCCGCGACUAUGGCCGUGGCGGCGGCAGUGGUGGUGGUGGUGGUGAUUACCGUUCCCGCGAUUACGGUGACCGUGACUACCGCCGUGGCUCCCGUGAUGACUACGGCGGCUACCGUGGUGGUGGUGGCCCUGGUGGUCCUGACCGUUACAACGAUCGCUACAGCCGUGAUGAUCGUCGUGGAGGAGAUGACCGCCGUGCCGGUGGUGGUGACGAAGCCCGCGGAGGUAGCGGUGCAGGCAGUGGUGCUCCCGCUGCUGCUGCUGGUGGUGGUGGUGGUGGCGGUGCUGGCUACUACGACCGCGAUGCCAACCCUCCCAGCUACGAAGCUGCUCCUCCUCGUGAGCCCCGUGAUGCCUACGCUGGUGGAAGUCGCUCUUACGAGGGCCGCAGUGCCGGUGGUGAGGAGCGUUACGGUAGCAGGUAAUGUAUCUGUGCCCCUUCAAAAAGCAGGAGAUACCGGCUCCUGGUGUCUCCCUUCAUGGUUGAAUGCUCCACUGCCCACCUUUCCUUUGUUCUCCCUUCCCCCUUCACCUUUCCCCCUUUUCCUUUCUCAAAUUGUUUUAAUGCGGGAUUUGACCGACGGGCUACGGGCGUCGUUUCUUUUUUGUGUUCUCUUUUUUCUUUGCUUUUUCACGUCACGUCUCCAAAAAAACGAUAAUCGGAGCGCCAUCGGCCUACUGCGACCGACUCGGCAACAUUCUCGAUUAUUCCUAUCGUCAUGUCAUCUCUGGAUCGCUAGAUGAUGUGCUCCAAAUUUUUAUCUGUUCGCGACGCAACUUCGGGAAUCACUAGCGGCAAGGAGGAAAACAAUUAUCGCUGUAAUUCGGUUAUCUGGGAUCAGCACUCUCGGUCAAAACAAUUCGCCUUAUGCACAACACUCCAAGUAACGGCCCGGUUGUAUUCGACCAAUUUUAAUUUCGCCUCUUUUUUCAUUCACCAUUCGCCUUCGCCACGUCUUCGCGCUGUAGUAUUCGCCAAGAUCAAAAGUGCUGCAGGGCGAAUUAAUCUCGAUAAUGGACGAGCUCAGGCUUCAAAAGGUAAGAUAUUACCAUGGGUUUGACUUGUGGUCCAGAUUGAAAUUCGGUUGCAUUUGUCUCCUUUGUCUUGACUAGGUUGAUUCACUACCCCUGGAGAUUCUCU